AUGAGGGAGGGGGAGUUUAUUCCUAGUUCUGCAGAAAAAGAUGUUUAUGAUGGACCUGCGGAAGAGGUAUGUCUGGAAGAUGGGUCGAUGUCUGAUCCGGAGCCUGAGAAAUGUGCGGAAGUUUUUUUGCAGGAGAAGGAAUAUCACUCGGCUGCCGAAGAUGAAGUUGUUAAGCGUAAAUAUCAAAAGAGGCAGUUUGAGAAGAUCCGUAGUUCUAGGCGGAGUGUGGUUAAAAUCUAUAGUUUCAUGCGGUUAUUGAGAUUUGAUGAGGCGAUAUCAAAUGAGACUGAUGGUGGUAAAAUCUGGGUGUUUUGGAAAAAUGAAUUGGAUGUGCAGGUGGUUCGCUUGAGUUCGCAGUUUGUGUCAUUAUGCAUUACCGAAGGAAGUAGUCAUUUCUUGGGUAAUUUUAUUUAUGCAAAGUGUAAUAGGCUUGAACGAAAACUGCUUUGGGAGGAGUUGAAUUCGGAUAGAAUGGGUGUGGAGCCAUGUUUGUUUGCUGGGGAUUUCAAUGUAAUUCGGUCGAAUAUUGAGAGAUGUGGUGGGCGUCCGAGGAAUAGAGUUGCAAUUGAUGAGUUUAAUGGAUGGAUUCAUCAGGGUGGGUUGUUAGAAAUAAAUUCACAAGGUGGUAAGUUUACAUGGUGUAAUGGUCAGCAAGGAUUAUCUAGAGCUUGGGUAAAGCUGGAUAGAGUUUUACUUGAUGCAAAUUUUCUAUCUCUUUUUCCGACUGCUCACUGUUUGUAUCUUCCUAGGACUACAUCGGACCAUUGUCCUAUGGUAAUAGAAUUUUUAAGUGAUCCUUUCUCUUAUGGUCCACCUCCAUUUCGUUUUCAGCAAAUGUGGGUUGAGCAUCCGGAUUUUAUGACUCUUGUUCAAAAGGUUUGGGCUGAAUCGGUUAUAGGUUCGGGGCUGUUUAAAUUAGCUACUAAACUUAAAAAACUUAAGGUGGCGUUGCGUGUAUGGAACAAGAGUGUAUUUGGGAGAACUAAUACUCAGAUGGCUAUUCUUGAAGAUAAGAUUGAGAAUCUGGAAAAUUUGUUGCAGAGAGGUUGGGAUGAUGAUAUUGAAAGGGAAUUAGUAAGGAGUUCUAAUGAGUUGUCUUCUUGGAGGCGUAGGGAGGAUAUUAGAUUGGCACAAAUGGCUAAAAUCAAGUGGAGAAUGGAUGGUGAUAGGAAUACAAAAUUUUUUCAUGUGUGGUUAUCUAAUAAAAAGCAUAGGAAAAUUCAUCAGUUAAGAAUCUUGAAUGGGUUGGCGUUUAAUUCUCCGGAAGCAAUUCAUCUUGGAGCUGUUGAUUAUUCUUCUGAUUUUCUUCAAAGAUCUAAUCCGGUUAGGGAGAUGCCUGAUUUAUCUAGUUUAAUUUCGUCGGUUAUUAAUGAUGAGGAUUGUGUCCGGCUUUGUGGGAUUCCUUCGUUGGUUGAAGUGAAAGAGGCUCUAUCAACUAUUCCUAUUAAUAGUUCCCCGGAUGGGAGUAGUCUGGGUAAUCCUGGUUGUUUAGGGGUGGGCGGUAUCAUUAGGAAUGAUCGUGGUCUUAUGGUUUAUGCUUUUAAUUCUUCUAUUGGUAUCGGUACAAGUAAUAGAGCGGAGUUGUUAGCUGUUCUUCAGGGGCUCAAAGCAUGUUUGUAA